UCUCCCUCUUUCUCUCCAACAACACUACCACUUCAUAUCAUGGCUCUGAUUCUCUGCACCAUCAUUCGUCGAACUUACAACCACCACUCAAACACUAAUCAUUCCAAGGAUUCUUAUAAGCCAUGUCAAGUCCAUAUAUUUUCAUUGAGGACUUUGAAAGGAAAUCAAGAUUGGAAAAUGCUCAUUAGAGUUGUUGACCUUUGGGUUGUUAAGGCGAAAUGGACUACAACAUAUCGAGAUGGGCAUACAAGAUGGAAAGACGUUAUUGGAGCUCUCCAAGAUGUUGUUGGAGUUCUCCAAGUUGUUGUCAAAACACAAAUGCGAUGUUGUUGGAGUUCUCCAAGAUGUUGUCAAAACACAAAUGGACGGUGGUGGUAAUAAAUCUUAUGCCAAUAUCACUCUAUGUGAUAAAGUUGGAAAUAUUAUUGAGAUGGUGUUAUAGGAUGAUUAUGGGAAACAAUUCAUGAACUAUAACAGCUCUAGCAAGAGUCCUUGUCCAAUAAUUCUUAUCUUAACUCAUGCAUUAUGUAAUAAAAAUUAAGGUUAUCCACAGUAUCCCAAUCAUAUUUCUCUUUGUUGCAUUGUUUUUUGUUUAGUUCUGUAACUAUAUGUCUCUGUCUGAUGUGCAACAUUUGGAUUGACAAACCUUUCAAACCCAGACAAACUACGAUCUAAUUAAAGGAUUGUUUCGCCAUAACCAUUGACACUACCAAAAGAUACGAAGUGUAUAUCUCAGUCAUCCAAGUGUUCUCAUCACCCAUAUUGCAACUCUAAGCAAAAGGUUAAAUAGAACUAGUAAAUAUUCUAAUUCUCAUUCUUUAUUAAUAUUUAUGGGACAAGAUCGUCUCAAAAUCCCAACACUUCACUUCC